CUUGUGUAUGACGUCAUGCAGAAUGCCCUUCCCCCAGUCUAUAAAAACACAAUGCAGUAUCAACAGUUCAACACUGAUCAAAAAUCAAUCAAAAUGUUGAAGCUGAUCCUCUUAGUUUUAACUCUACUUUUCACUGUUGAUGUAUGCUACAGCACAUGUACUGGGAGUGCAUGUGAAGCCAUCAGUCAAGGAAACAAGGGGAUUGUCAUAAGGGCUGAUGAUGGAGACUACUUCAUACCACAGAUAGACACUGUCAACUACAACUGCAGCAAUCAUUCAGCUCUAUGCUUUGGAGAGAACUGCAGAAUGUGUAAAUGCAAGACACAGCAAGACACUUGGAAAGAUAGUCAUGGAGCUUGCAAGAACAUCAAUGAUGGGUUUUACAUGUUUGCAAGAGAUGAUCUAGAGGUUGAUACUAAGAUCAGUACAGUGUAUUUUGUGCUGAACAGCAAUGGUAAAUAUGAGCUGCAGUCUGUAGCUGCUGGAGCUCAGCUGCACAUUGUAAAGGCCAGCACCGGUGAUAACCUACCCAGUAACUGUGCUGUGUAUGAAUUAUACGUAAUGACUCAAGAUGGUUUGGUUGAGAUUGAAAAGGACGGAUUUGCAAUCGUGGACGGUGAUGACAGCAAGCGAUAUCUUGAGAUAUCUCCGGGAUCUUUGAAGAUUCAGCCAAACAACUUGCAGGGAAAACUGAUUUAUAUGAGGCUAAAAUGUGGCAGCAGCAAAAAGAAAAUGUACUUCAAAAUACAAGGGAAGACUGAGGCUUUGAUAAACAAUACAUGUUUUACAUGUGAAGGUAACUUCAAGUAUCUUGGGUAUUUAGACAUUCCUGAGUUUCCCAGACCAACAACAAGUGAUGCUCCUAUUCAUUAUGCAGUUAACACUCUACAAAAAUCUGGAACUGAUGUUACUGGAUGCAAUGCAGAUUCGAGCAAUCUUUACUUUUAUCAGAAUAGCAGCAACACUUGCUCAAUGCAACCAUUACCAAACACAAACCUCAUUUAUGCGACACAAAACAAAGUUCAAGGAAGAAACCUUGAGCCAACAGAUUUAACCAAUUCUGCACACUGGGACAGUAUAAUGAAUGAAGUUAUCAAUAUGACUGUCACAUGUCAGGGAAAUAAGAAAUUCUGUGUCCUUUUUAGACUCACAAACACAACAAGUAAUUGCUCUUAUGGUAAUCCGUGUAGGAAUGGAGGGAUGUGGGUAGACAAAGGAAUCGGGAGCUGUGCUUGUUCCUGUCCUGAUGGUUACACUGGAGACCUCUGUACUGUAUCUAAUGAUCCUUGUGCUAGUAGUCCAUGCCAUGAAGAUGCUACUUGUACUAUAGAUGGAUCAUCAUAUCAAUGUACUUGUCCAGCUGGUAAAACUGGUCUGACCUGUCACGAUAAUAUAGAUUACUGUGCUGGUAGUCCUUGCUGUGGUGAUGCUACCUGUUCCAAUAAUGGUAAUACAUAUCAAUGUACCUGUCCAGCUGGUAAAACUGGUUCAACCUGUUGUGAUGAUAUCGAUUAUUGUGCUGGUAGUCCUUGCUGUGGUAACGCUACCUGUUCCAAUAAUGGUAAUUCAUAUCAAUGUACCUGUCCAGCUGGUAAAACUGGUUCAACCUGUUGUGAAGAUAUCGAUUAUUGUGCUGGUAGUCCUUGCUGUGGUGAUGCUACCUGUAGAAGUGAUAAUGCACUUUUAACUUACGAAUGUACUUGUCCAGCUGGUAAAACUGGUUCAACCUGUUGUGAAGAUAUCGAUUAUUGUGCCAGCAGUCCUUGCUGUGGUGAUGCCACCUGUAGAAGUGAUAAUACACUUUUAACUUACGAAUGUACUUGUCCAGCUGGUAAAACUGGUUCAACCUGUUGUGAAGAUAUCGAUUAUUGUGCUGGUAGUCCUUGCUGUGGUGGUGCUACCUGUAGAAGUGAUAAUGAACUUUUAACAUACGAAUGUACCUGUCCAGCUGGUAAAACUGGUUCAACCUGUUGUGAAGAUAUCGAUUAUUGUGCUGGCAGUCCUUGCUGUGGUGAUGCUACCUGUAGAAGUGAUAAUGAACUUUUAACAUACGAAUGUACCUGUCCAGCUGGUAAAACUGGUUUAGCCUGUUGUGAAGAUAUCGAUUAUUGUGCUGGCAGUCCUUGCUGUGGUGAUGCUACCUGUAGAAGUGAUAAUGAACUUUUAACAUACGAAUGUACCUGUCCAGCUGGUAAAACUGGUUCAACCUGUUGUGAAGAUAUCGAUUAUUGUGCUGGCAGUCCUUGCUGUGGUGAUGCUACCUGUAGAAGUGAUAAUGAACUUUUAACAUACGAAUGUACCUGUCCAGCUGGUAAAACUGGUUUAGCCUGUUGUGAAGAUUUUGAUUAUUGUGCCAGCAGUCCUUGCUGUGGUGAUGCUACCUGUAGAAGUGAUAAUGAACUUUUAACAUACAAAUGUACCUGUCCAGCUGGUAAAACUGGUUCAACCUGUUGUGAAGAUAUCAAUUAUUGCGAUCCUAAUCCUUGCUGUAACGGUGCCAGAUGUGAAGUUGAUGAGUCGUAUACAGUUAAGUGUAGUGUCUGUCCUAAAGGUUAUACUGGGGAGAGAUGCUGCGAGGAAAUCACUACUAAUGAUGAUGAUGACAACGAUGACAACGACGACGACGAUGAUGAUGAUGAUAAUGAUGAUAACAAUCGUUGUAGAGAUGAUACAUGUUCUAAUGGUGGUACAUGUGCACUUGUUGAAGGAGCUACUGUCUGUUACUGUCCAUCAGCUUACACUGGUAGAUUCUGUCAGACUCUUAUUCGAAUUCCUUUGCCCACUGGAGCUGCAGCUGUCAAUGAAAAUGAUAAUUCAAACAGCAUUGUUCCGAUUGCUGUGAUAGCAACAGCUUCAGUCAUUUUAACAGCUGCAGUAUUUAUCAUAGCCAUCAUUGUAUAUCAAAGGGUUUAUGUGCCAUGGAGGAACCGCACUCGUCUUGCAAGAGUAAAUGCUGUUAAUCCAUUCAAAGAUUCAAACGCACAUCAGAUAUACAAUCCAAUGUAUGUCAAUGAAGAUGCUGCUAUUUACAGUGACAGGACUCUGCGUGAUUCCAUUAGACGCAAUACCUCAAAAUCAUCUCAUGCUGAUGAUAGCCCUGACAUCAAGCACAUUGAUAAUCCUCUAUACACUACUGAAAAUACUACAGCUGAAGACAAUGAACACAUUUACGAGACCUCAAUGUCCUUCCCUCCUCUUCCUCCUCCUCCCCCUCAGAUUGAUGAUGAUGAUACCACUAAUCCAUUCAAUCCUUAUGAUACCCUACCAGAAUCAAUCGGACCAGAAAUGUUCUCGGCUUACGAUAAAUUAGAGACAUCACAGAUUGUCAACGACCCUGUAUAUGAAGCUAUCAAUGGUUCAAAGGCUGAUGUUUAAUGUGUGUACAUAUUUCUAACUAACAAUUGAUAGGUGUUAUACUUGUAUUGAUUACAGUAUAUUUGUCUAAGUAGUUGUCAAAUGCAUUGAUUGCUGUCAUUAUAAUUAUAGUUUCAUUUGCUAUCAAAAUUUUUAAUAAUAAUCAUUACAUUUCAAAUAGAAAUAGUGACGAUGCAAAUCAAAUAAAAUAAACAAAGUUAAUCUCUUCUUGCUAUUCCUUUCACUUUUCUUU